AUUUUUCUGACCGCAUCCUAUGCACCUCUGCAGACUUGUGUCUGCAAAACAGUAAGGUAAUAGGUGCUUGAGAAUGGGAAACUAGAUGUCUAGAAGCAUCCUGGAUAUGUUUUUUCUGCAGGUAGAGUUCAGUAACAGAUAGAGAGAGGAAGGUAUUGAAGAGAUGUCUAGCUUUGGGAAACUUACCGAUUACUUUAACCGUCGCAAAUCAAGGGAGGAGCUUUGCGCUGGGAGGAGUGGCCAGCGAAGAAGCGGUAGUUACUGCUGUACCAUCUCAGAAGCCAGGUCGUUGGAAAGGAAGCUGCAGAGACCUCUCUUGGCCAAGUCACGCACUCUUCCCAGCAUCCCCCAGUCCCCCAUCUUCUCCAGAGUGCACCACUCUGAUCUCCUGAGCAGCAGUCAAGAGCUGGCUCCCUCUCUGAGGAUACCGCUGUCCAGCUCCAACCCCCGCAAGGGCUGUACGCUGCCAUCUGCAGGAGAAGUGUGGAGACUAGAGGAUGAUGAUGAUGACAAUGAAGAGCAUUCAGUGGUACAGAGAGCCCAUGCCGAGCCUCGUCCACGCUCCCAGUCCCCCUUCUCUCACUUCCGAUCACACGCCUACCUGCGAAAGAGCAUCUCUGUGGAUGACAACCUGGGCAUGGUGGAGUUUGGGACCCCAACCCCUGGAAACAAGGCAGAGAGGGUCAAGGGAAAGCUCAAGAGGAAGUUUAGCUUGGGAUCGGCAGACAGGAAGGAACAUCAGCAGAGAAGAUCGGAGACUGGCAUCUCCAAGUUUGCCCAGCGUCUGUCUUUGAAAGACAAACACAGCAAGACAGCGAAGGCAGGAGGAGAACGAAUUGGGGAAGAGAGACCAGCCUUCAGGAAGAGAUCCCAGAGUGUCGACUGGACCACCUCUCCCAAGAUGACCCAACAGAUGCGAGACCCCCCCCUCGCCCCUUCCAAGAAGGGUUCAGCCCCCUCCUCGCCCAGCGCAGCCCGCCGGCUCUACCGCAACCUGUCAGGGAAGUUCCGCGUGGGUCUCCCUCCCCUCGAUGACAGCCUGCUGCCUGGCCGAGGAGACAAAGAGAGGCUGCGCAAGUCCUGCAUGUUUCAGAGUAAUGAGGCUUUGUUUGAAGCCGUAGAGCACCAGGAGCUAGAUUUGGUGCAGCUGCUGCUGAGCCAGUACAGUCUGGAGGAGCUAGACCUCAACACCCCCAACAGUGAGGGCCUACUCCCACUGGACAUCGCAAUCAUGACCAACAAUGUGCCCAUGGCCAGGAUACUGCUGCAGGCUGGCGCCAAGGAGAGCCCACACUUUGUGAGUCUGGAGAGCCGUGUGCUGCACUUGGCUACGCUGGUCCGAGAGGCAGAGCAGCGAGUCAGUGACCUCACCGCACAGGUAGUAAAUGAGGCGCCGGAUGAGCGAGACGGCUCGGAGAGAGAGAAGCAGCUGAAGGGCUGGGAGUGGAGGCAUCGCCUCUUAAAACGCAUGAAGGCGGGCUUUGAGCAUGCACGUCCCCCAGAGGCCCCCAGCAAUGUCCGUCUGUCUGUCUGCAGCAGCUCCAGUCUGAGGGUCACCUUCCAUGAGCCCCUCAGUGUCAACUCUGCCGUGGUCACCAAGUACCGAGUGGAGUGGAGUUGUUCCCCCUCGUUCUCCCCUCUGGUGGGUGAAGCUGCCGUUGAGGACCUGAAAGCUCUGCAUUACACCAUCACAGCGCUGUGCCCGGGCACCCAGUAUUAUGUGCAAGUCUCUGCCUACAAUAUGAAAGGCUGGGGGCCGGCCCAGUCUUCAGUCCCAGUUCGGGCUACACCCUCCAGCUGGAGGGAGUUUGACGGAAGAGCUCCCAGGCAGAGGGGGCAGAAGGAGGCCCUGGACCAGCUGCUGGGGCAGAUCAAAGAUGCCCACCGACACUGCACCUGUCAUGAGAGUUGCAAAGUUCAGCCGCAAAUCAGAAAACACUCUGUCUCCAAGAGUUUACGACAUCUCUUCCAGCCAACCAGCAAGUUUGUGAAAACUCUCAAAAGGGGUUUGUAUUUGACUUCAAUAUUCUACCGAGAUGACAACAUCCUGGUAACUCAGGAAGACCAGAUUCCCAUCAUGGAGAUUGAUGACUCCUACUCCAGCUCCCUCGUGCAGGACUUCCUGUGGUUCAGCAAGGUGUCCUGUCUGUGGGAGGAUAUCCUGUGGCUGCGGCAGUGCCUCAGCCCCUCCCAGUCUUCCUGCUCCUGCACCAUUCAGACUCGACUCAAGAUGCUUCAUGCUGUCUCCCAGCUUCAGGACAUGCUGGGAACCCAGGAUCUGGGUAGGGUUUACUUUGAGCCAAUUAAAGACAAGCACGGGAAUGCGCUGCUGGUGACAAUACGUGACCUGGGUUCAAGUCAGUCCCUGGAAAACAUGCGAUGGACUCAGCUGAGCAAGCUCCAGAUGCAGCGCAAGUCCAUCUCAUCACCGGAAGAGCCUACUGCCCUGGACAUGCUUCUCAUCACACUGCACGAGAAGCUGGCCUAUCACAGACGCAGCAGGCAGGCCCUGUCUCCAGGCCUCUACCUGGGGUACCUGAAGCUGUGCAGCUCAGUGGAUCAAAUCCGGGUUCUGGUUCCUCAGAAACUCCCCAACAUGCUCUGCCACGUGAAAGUGCGAUACAACCAUAACAUCUCCAGGGAGGAGUGGGAGUGGCUGCAGAACCUGAGCUCCCUGGAUGACUCUGUCCUGGCUGAGCAGAAUGCAGAGAGCCCUCAGAACCUCAUCCUUCAGGACCUGCGAACGGCAGCCAGAGAGCUGAUGGGACAGAUCAACGUUCCAGUCAAUCAGGCCCAGCACUUCCGUAUCUACAGCCAGGAGGUCCUAGAGUUUGGGGAGAAGGUCUCGUUCCUGCUCCUCCUGCCCCCUCCGGAUGAUGUGUGCACCGUCCCUGGACAGAACAACCCCUACUCUCCCCGCUCCGGCUUCCUCACACUUCCCCUGCAGAUCUUCGAACUGGUCCACUUCUACACGUACAGCCAGGCGUUUAUCGGACAGUACUGUCGCGUCUCAGCCCUGCUGGAGCUGGAGUCACUGAUGACCCAGCAAACCCUGCGCGAGGCCUUCUCCGAGUCAGAGCUGCUGGCGGCCAAGCAGAAACACCAGCAGGUCCAGGAGUACGUGCAGCAAAUGGAAGAAGUCUGGAGGGAGAUGCGAUGGAUUAUGGAUGCUCUUCAGUAUGCCAGGUACAAACAGCCAUCUGGAGGGAUCUCGCUGGCCUGGAUAAUCGACUUCUCUCAGGAGGCUGUGAGGGAGAAACCUCGCUCUACCACCUCCUCCCAGCUCGACUACCUCCCCUCUCCCACUCCCUCCCCAGAGACUGGCCGCAAGCACAACUCAGAUCUGCAUGGCAUCUCCGAUGAAGAAGGUUCUUCUGAAGUCUUCCUGGCUACAGACAGUGAUUACGACUCAAGCCGAGCGCAGAGCCCCCGGGACCUAGACCUCAUCUUCUCCUCCCCCUCCUCCUCCUCUAUGGAGCCUGGGUGCCCCCGCAUAGGCAGCAGGGGGCUUCGCGACGGUGCUCCUGACGUCUUGCUGGCCCAUGAGCUGCAGCCGGCAGAGCCUGGAGAGCACAGAUGCCCCCCUGAGCUUUUUGACAGUGAUUUUAUUCUCCCGAGCCGACAGAUCGAGCUCUUGCGCAUCACCGAGAAGAGACAGGCCUUCUGUGUACGGACCAGCAGUCUGGAAUUCCCCGCGCCUGGCCCCUCCCCUCGUCGAAGAUGCCCCCGUCCAUCCUCCGUUGACCGUUGCCCACCUACCAAGGACCCUCAGCCAACCACCCCCCCUCUCCACGCCCGGGCACGCUCUGAAGAGGGUACCAAUGGCUUCCCUGAGACCUCCGCUAAUGAGGUGCUGCCAGCCAGUGAAGGAAGGAGGCCUCGUCAAGUGAACCUGAGGGUGUAUCCUCAGUACAGGACCGGACUGUCUAAGGAAACCAGUGUGAAGCUUUGCGUCACUCAGAAAACACCAGCUAGGGAGAUUGUGAGACUGGUUGUCAUGGAGAUGAACAAUGUUUCCAGGAGGCUGCUGGGAAGCUUGGAGGAAGUUGUGUACAGAGAGGAGCAGCUGGAGCACUUUGGGCUGGUGUUGGUGGUAGAGGAGAAGGAGAGGUGGCUGCAAGAUGACUUCCAGCCCCUGGCACUGCAAAACCCAUGGACUCGAGGGAGGCUCUGUGUGAGGAUGAAGGAAUACUCCCCUCUCUCACUGCAGCUCAGUCAAGCAACCACAGUGUGAGGAGCCAUUGAAAACUGGUGUCUGGUUAUGUCUUUUACCUGAGACGCUUUCUUAUUAAAUGAGAAUUUCACAAAGGACCUCUGAAAUCUAUUCCUGGCCUUUCAGAGCAUCCCGAAUUAAUCCAGUUUCUUAAUUCUGAAAAUUGCCUUUUUACCAAAGACUUAAAAAGUGACUGAAUAUUUAUUGUUAAAAUAUAUAUGUUAAAAGAGUUAUUGUGGAUAUUUGUAUUAAAAAUGGAGCAAUAUUCUUCUUCCAGAGGUAAAUUUUGAGGUAAAUAUGAAGGCUGGAAUCUUCCAGAACAAGACUAUUCAAGAAAACAAAAGUUUUUUUAAAUGAUUCAAAGUCCUUUGAAUUUCACAGUUUCCCCAGCUGGUACAUUACAGUGUUUGUGUAGAUGCGUGGUUUUUGUUUGCACAAGUUCAUAUUAUUAUUAUUGUUGUUAUUAUCGUUCUGUUUUUUAUUAGUAACUGUUGUUUUAGUGGUCUGAUGAAGUGAAAAGCUGCAGACUCCCUGUCUCCUGAAGCUUUUGGUCUGUGCAUACAAGCUUGGAGAGAGUUGUUUUGUUUAUUUUGUGAUUGGAUUGUGUUAUUACAAUAGAAAUACUGAUAUUAAGUUGCAAUAUGUAAACAUUGGUUCUAUCUGUAUGUUUCUAUUUCACGUUGUAUUUUAUAUGUAUUACUUAAAGAAAAGAAAAAAAAAACUUUCUUUA